GGCUUUCACAACAUGAAAACGCCAAGCAUAGUAAUUAUAAUAUACCUCCUAUUCAAUCUUACAUUCUACCAGAAAAUUCUAUUAAUGAAUGGAAAGAAAUGUUGGUACAUGCUAUUCACAAACAACUUUCUCUUGCUUUUCAAAAGACUGGCAAACAAGUAAUCAAAUUUCCUUGUAUGGAGG